AUGGUUGCACUCGACUUUAUUUUAGGCUACGUUGGUUUCUUCGCAACUCUCGCUGGAUGGUUCCCCGAUAACCCCGAUAAGGGGCAAGUUAGGGUCAAGUUUUACGCUGGAAAAGAUGGAACCAACAACGGAGCCGAGCUAUGGGGAAGUGGAGGGAAUUUGCCCAUGAUCGAUAUCCGAACGACAUCGAACGAGUGGGUGGGAAAAGGUGGUUACACCUACAACGAGAUAGGAAGCAACGACCAAAAGUAA